UUGCCUUGCCGCUGGCGUAGUGCCAAGCACAAGCCUUCUAUUAUGUCUCCCGAUUCUCACCGAUUCCAUCGCUACUUAAUAUAUAUUCAUCAUAUGAAUACCAUAGAACCAAAAUUACUGCAUAGUUUUGAUUACCAAACCACCGAAUUCCAACAAAGCAACAUCAGAUUUAACGUCAGCAGAGACAUCAUCGACUCUCACCUGAAAACGCUUGGCUGUUAGUUGACUUUGCAGCCGAGUUCCCAAGCUCAAGAGGCCAUUGCGUGGGGGCGUGCGUGUGCGGGGCGCGUCGGGUCACACUCUUGGAAGUUGGAAAUAGAAUCCUCUUUCACAGUGGCACAAUUGCCUGGAAUCCAGAAAAAAGAGUGUGAGCUGCACCGAUUCUACUGGAGGGGGAUAUCCCAAGUACAAGACUUUUGAAAGCAAAGCUUUUGUGCAGUUCAGUUGUUCAUGUUCCUGUUUAUCAGACAGUUUUUCUUUGGGUAUUCCAGGAAACGUACUAGUAUAAGGGAGAAAAAAAAUAUAUACAAAUAAAAGCCCACUUAGGUAUCUCCUAGAAUCUUUUACAAGCUAUUAUUUAUUUUCUUUUCUUGGUUCUCAUUUGUUGUUGUGUUUUGGGCUGAAAUCCUAGCGUAGUUCUGAUAUCAUGAAAUGUGAAUUUUGGGACUUUAUUUUCUUUUUUUGAAAGCUCGAAUCUUGGUCUUGGGUAUAUGUUGUGAAAGGUAUUGACUGACCAUCUUGGAAGAAUAUAUACAAAGUGGGUUUUCUUUUUUCUUUUUUUAUGCUUUUCUUUCCUUUUUGAUUUGCAUCAUGAUUUUACGCAACUUUGAUGGAUAUGGUGGUUUUGCAAUUGGGAAUCGACUGAUUUCUACUAGUUUGCAUUAUUACUGAUUCGUAAGUGAAAAGGAGAUACCCACUCUUCAUAAAAUAUUUACAUUAAGUCUUCUUUCUUUUUGUGAAAGUGAAGUUACCUGGCUUUUAUUCUCUGAGAAAGUUUGUUGGUUAUUUCUCCUGUAAUUCUUGUUCUCCAAGAGUCUUGUUGAUGAUGUUUCACCAAUUUGGACAGAGUAGUGUUUUGAACUUGGAAGAGUGGAGACUGGAAAUGUUCCCAGAACUUCUCUUGGAUAUUUUUAGCUCGCUUUGAGAUCAACUUUGGAACUUCAAACUUCUAAAAUUCAGAGGAAUAGGAUCAAAAAACUGGUGGGCUUUUGAAGAAGGAUAAUGAUGGAAGAUGGUGUUUUACCACCCGUUACCAUGCUGGAUACUCUGCUUGAUACACCUACGGAUUUGGACUUCAUGGAUGAACUUUUUUUGGAUGGAUGCUGGUUGGAAACAACAGAUGGAUCUGAAUUCCUUCAUCAGAAUCCCUCUAGGUCUGGUGCCCUCUUAGACCCUUUACUUUUAUGGCCUGCUUUGGAGACUGAUGGCAACUUGAGCAUAAGUCCAUCUCAAAAGGGCAAUCAAGAUGAGAUGCAAAGACCGUCGUCUGAUGAAUCACAGGAAAGAAGUUUAGUCGAUGCUAUAUCUCUCGGACAGAAUACGAUUACUCUUGCCGAGUGUUGUAGUGUGUCUGAAAAUAAUGUAAUUGAAGGUUCUGAACUAGGCACAAGGUUGUGGAUUGCACCCGGAGGGAAUCCGGGUUCUACAUCUUCUGUAACAGAGAGAUUAAUUAAGGCAAUUGGGUAUAUUAGAGACGUCACAAUAGAUAAAGAUGUUCUUAUACAGAUAUGGGUGCCUGUCAGUAGAGGGGGUAGACGCAUUCUAACAACUAGUAAUCAACCUUACUCCCUUGGUUCUACCUGUCCAAGUAUUGCAAGAUACCGAGAGAUCUCUGAGAACUUUGUAUUCUCAGCUGAGAAGGAUUCUAAGGACUUGGCAGGAUUGCCUGGUCGGGUUUUCUUGGAUAAGGUUCCUGAGUGGACACCAGAUGUUCGAUUCUUUAGAAGUGAUGAGUACCCAAGAGUUGGUCAUGCUCAACUGCAUGAUAUUUGUGGAACUCUUGCCCUUCCAAUCUUUGAACAAGGCAGUAGGACUUGCUUGGGCGUUAUUGAGGUGGUGAUGACGAAGCGGCAGAUCAAGUAUCACCCUGAGCUUGAAAGUGUUUGCAAGGCACUUGAGGCUGUUGAUCUUAGGAGUAAUGAUGCUUUGAGCUCUGAGCAUGUCAAGGCAUCCAACAAGGUUUACCAAGCUGCAUUGCCUGAGAUUCUAGAAGUUUUGAGAUCUGCCUGCGAGACACAUAGAUUGCCCUUAGCUCAAACUUGGGUUCCAUGCAUUCAACAAGGUAAAGAGGGGUGCCGGCACUCUGAUGACAACUACCUUGAUUGUGUUUCAACUGUAGAUCAUGCUUGCAUUGUAGCCGAUUACAAUAUGCAGGGUUUCCAUGAGGCUUGCUCUGAGCAUCACUUGUUGAAGGGUCAAGGAAUGGUUGGGAGAGCAUUUAGGACCAACCAGCCAUGCUUCUCAACUGAUAUAAGAUCCACUGGCAAGACAGAGUACCCUUUGGCUCACCAUGCAAGGGUGUUUGGAUUACAGGCUGCUGUUGCGAUACACCUGCGCAGCAUCCACACUGGUACAACCGACUUUGUCUUGGAGUUCUUCUUGCCUGUGGAUUGUACAGAUCCUGAAGAACAGAAGAGGAUGCUUAAUUCACUGUCCGUUAUUAUACAGCAGGUUUGCCAGAGCUUACGUGUUGUAACAGACAAGGAGCUGAAGGAGGAUAGUAAUUUGCCAGUUGAUGGUAAACCUAGCAGAGAAGAGAUUUUACAUGAGUCCUCAGAGUUUUGGAAACAUCAACAUGAUUCUAACCUAAAAAGAAAUGCUGAGUUUGGUGAAGAGUGUUCUCCAAAUGAUGAGGAUAGCUUCCCAAGUGUGGAUAUGGGUAAAGCGGGAGAGAAAAAACGUACCAAGGCAGAGAAAACGAUCACUUUGGAAGCUCUUCAGCAAUAUUUUGCUGGUAGUCUAAAAGAUGCCGCAAAGAGUAUUGGAGUGUGUCCAACGACUUUGAAAAGAAUCUGCCGACAUCAUGGGAUUAAACGUUGGCCUUCUCGAAAAAUUAAGAAGGUUGGUCACUCCUUACAGAAACUCCAAGGGGUAAUCGACUCAGUGCAGGGUGCAUCUGGUGCUUUUCAAAUUAAAUCCUUUUAUACAAACUUCCCAGAGCUAGCCUCUCCAAACUUAUCGGGAACCAACCCAUUUUCAGCUUCAAAGCUCCGUGAGCAUCCACAGCCAUCAAGCAUGCAGCCUGAGGGUGGGAUUUUGAGCCCUCAAGCUGCUGCAUCAAAAUCACCACCCUCCUCUUCAUGCAGUCAGAAUUCGAGUUCAAGUCAUUGCUGUUCCAGUGGGACACACCAAAAUCCUUCUACAUGGAAUGUUGCUGGUUUUGACGAUCCAAUGGUUGGCGAAAACCUUGAUGAUGGUGUGCUAAAAAGGAUUGGAAUUGAAGCAGAGCCGCAGGCCUCAAGUCAAGGACCAAACCUCCUGGCUAGAUCCUGGAGCCAUAAAUCUCUUAAUGAGCAUCCUAAUGCUGAGAAUCUUCCACCCUUAUGGAAAGAUAGUGGUCGGCUAUCUCAAGAAGGGGAUGCUCUCAAAGUCAAGGUCACAUAUGGAGAUGAGAAAGUUCGUUUUCGCAUGCAAAACACUUGGAAACACAAGGAUUUGCUGCUAGAAAUCACCAGACGAUUUAAUAUAGAUGACAUAAGUAGAUUUGAUCUCAAGUACUUGGAUGAUGAUGCCGAGUGGAUCUUAUUAACAUGUGAUGCUGAUUUGGAGGAGUGUAUUGAUGUAUGCCGAUCAUCGCAGAUCCAAACUAUCAAACUCUGCCUCCAAGUUUCUCAUUAUCAUUUACGAAAUCCUUAGUGGCCCUUUGUAAUUAUAAAAUGCUCUGAGUGGUCUUGGUGAGGUCUGCCAAGUUUCAAGUUCAAAAUGAAAGAAGUUUCUCAUCAUCAUUUGGGAAAUUCUUUAGGUGGCAGUAACCCUUGUUCAUUGUAAAGUGCUCCGAGUAGUCUUGAUGAGAUACGCAGAGAUUCAAGUUCAUAAUGUCUGCAAUCCUUCCAUUAAUUUCUGGUUUGGAUGUCAAAGCCUGGCUGGGAAGUUGUAAGCAUGAACUCCCAGCAGAGUUGGCUGCCACAAGAAUGCUUCAUAGUUUAACUAGCUGAACUGCUGGACAAAGUCAGCAAAAAGAAGGGGGGGAGGUCUUUUUUGGAAGCAGUGAAUCUUGGUCGUUCACUGUGGGCCACAACAGCUAUGGAAUCUUGAUCUGAUAUUUCAAAAUUGUUUUGAAAUGUGGUUGUCUAAGGUUCAAGCAAAGGCUGGAUUGCUUUUAAAAUCCUGAAUGCUGUAGUUUGUAAAGUCAAACAUCAUUGUAGAAGAAAUUUCAGAAAAGGAACUCGAUAUUUAAUGUUUUUGCCAUUUGAUAACUUACUGUAUAUUUUAAUGGGUACUCGAAAGUUUGAAUGAAAGUGAAAUUUAUGUCCGUUUUGGUAA